AUGGGCGCAAGGCAAGCCUAUUCAAUGAUCAAUUGUUUGGCCUAUGUACCAUUAUGCUUUUUUGGCAUAAUCGCCCUUUUCGUCAGAAUAAUCGCUGUUGUUGCUGUCAAUCCGGUCAUUAUCUUCAUCGGUCUUUUUAUAUGUGCUGAAACUCUUGCAAUAACACCUCCACGUCAUUAUCCUGCCUUUCUUCUAGGUUUAACACCUGUAAUAGCUGACUGGGCACGAGGAACCAUAAUUAAUGGUGUUGCAGUUGCGUACUUAAAUCUGACCUUACCGAACGUAGACUUUGCUCAGAAUGUCACUCUUCGUAUAACUGAUUUCUCCUAUCAUGGGCUUGCAAAUUUGGCUGGCGGCAGUCUUCUUCAAUGUAUUUUGAUUACGGCAAUUUUUAUGUAUAUGAUCGACCGGAAGUUCAUUCGAGGUGCCGUAUGGUCGUUUUUAGCAAGCCUCCUCUCUUUCUUUGGUUUAAUUCAUUCAUCGAACUUGGGCGUCUUGUAUAACAAAACAGAUGAUGGAUGGCGAUUCACUGUAGGCUAUGCCAUGAUGAUGCUACUCUUCAUUCUGUGUGAAAUAGCACAACGCCGAAAAUGGAUAGAAGGACCGGAAAGUGAACCUGAUGAUUUGUCGUCUGAAGAAUGGCACGAAUGGAAUCGAAUGCAGCAAUUGAAUAAAGAAAGCUAA